AAACAAAAACAAUACCCAGAUCGCGCGAUAUCAUGCCGAUGACGUCGCUGCCUAUAUACUAGAUGUUUAUUAAUUGUUUAUAUACAUGAGGGCGUGUGCGUGAGCGGCCUUAUGCUGGUGUUUCUCAAGCACACACAUUUUCUUUACACAUCAAACAAGUGCUUGCUGAAAAUUCAGAAGAACAAGAAAAAAUCAGCCCCAUCGCCGCAGCUAGGAGCUAGGAGCUAGGAGAAACGAAAGCAAAGGCAAAGCCAACAAAGCGCAACAAAACAAAACGAAAGAGAAACAAACAAUAACAACACCGAAAGACAGAAAACCCAAAGAUACACAAUCCGUAGACAGUUAGUCGGAAAUUCAAAAUUACAACUGAAAAAUCUUUGGAAUCGGAUUGGCAGCCGAACCGAGCCCAGCCCCGCCCCCCUCACCUAAAUCGGAAACAUGAACGCCCUGCUGCGCCACAAGGGAAGGAAUCUGCGAACGAAUUAUCUAGUUCAGAACUUUUACAAGCGCUAUGUCAAAUCCAAUUGUUGUGCCUGCAGCUCCGCACUCUUCACAAAUGGCCCCAACGCUCCUCAGGAACGACAGCGAAGAUCCCUGUCAACAUCCGCCAUAGAAACAGAUCGGUUCAAUAAUCGGAGAUUCCUGUCACACGUCAGCUAUGGAUACCACUACUCCGGCCACGGUUUCCGGCAUCUGAAUACCAGCCGGCCGACCUACGAGACGCCCAGCUCGAAGAUCGAUGUGACGGUCAAGAAGCUAAAGAACCAGCAGAAGGAGAAGGUAGACGAGAUCAUGAAGGAGGUGGCCAAUGGUCAGGUGACGGCAGUAGCAACCAGCAGAGCAGCUACCGCCACUGCCUCCUCAGAUGAAGACCAAAAGGAGAGCAAAGCGGUCAAGGGCGAGGUAGAGACGGCAACGGCAACAGCAACGGCAACCGCAACAACUGUGGCUCAGCCGGCGGACAAGACGGUGGCCAAGCCAAAGAAGCCACUGCGGACACGCAUUUGGGACGAGCUGGUGCAUUACUACCAUGGCUUUCGGUUGCUAUUCAUUGAUGUGGCCAUCUGCUCGAAGCUACUGUGGAGGGUGCUCAAUGGCAAGACCCUGACGCGGCGCGAGAACAAGCAACUGCAGCGAACCACCUCGGAUCUGUUCCGACUGAUCCCAUUCUCGGUGUUCAUUAUUGUGCCGUUCAUGGAGCUGCUGUUGCCGGUGUUCAUAAAGUUUUUCCCGGGAAUGUUGCCCUCCACUUUCCAGACGUCGAACGACCGACAGGAGAAGUUGCGUCAGUCACUCGCCGUACGUCUUGAGGUGGCCAAGUUCCUUCAGAAGACACUCGAUCAGAUGCCCGUCCAGCACAAGGAGCACAGCAGCGAGGAGGCCAAGCAAUUCGAGGAAUUCUUCACUAAAAUCCGUAAUCCCAGCGAUUCCGUUAGCAACGAUGAGAUCAUCAAGUUCGCAAAGCGGUUUGAUGACGAAAUCACCUUGGAUUCGUUGUCACGCGAGCAACUGGCGGCUCUCUGCCGAGUGCUGGAGCUGAACACAAUCGGUACCACCACGCUGCUGCGGUUCCAGUUGCGGCUCAAGCUGCGCUCGCUGGCUACCGAUGACCGGGUGAUUGCCCGCGAGGGAGUGGACUCCUUGGACCUUUUCGAGCUGCAACAGGCAUGCAAAGCGCGCGGAAUGCGAGCCUACGGUCUUACGGCUGAGCGGCUACGAUUCCAGUUGAAGGAAUGGAUCGAUCUGUCAUUGAACGAGCAGGUGCCGCCGACGCUUCUCCUCCUGUCGCGAGCCAUGCUCAUCUCUGACGACACCAUCACCACCGACAAGCUUAAGGAGACAAUGCGGGUGUUGCCAGAUGCGGUGGGCGCUCACACACGACAUGCCAUCGGAGAGAGCGAAGGCAAGGUGGACAACAAAACCAAGAUCGAGAUCAUCAAAGAAGAGGAGCGCAAGAUUCGCGAAGAACGCGAGGAGGAGCACGAGGAGGUUAUCGCCAAGCGAUCCGCCAAUAAGACAGAUGAAACCGGACCCUACGUCUUUCCCGAGAAGUUGGCGAGAGAGAAGCUCAAGGAGGUUUCAUCGGAGUUACCCGCGGAUAAGGGCAUAUCCUCCACGGAUGUUCAACUGCUGUCGGAUGCUCUGAAGACCCUUUCAUCAGAUAAGCAACUGGUGGUGGAGAAGGAGACGAUCAAGGAGCUGAAGGAAGAGCUGGCCGACUACAAAGAGGACGUGGAAGAGCUUCGAGAAGUGCGGCAGGUGGUCAAGGAGCCGGUGCGCGAGAGUCGUGCGGCCAAAAUGCUAUACAACCGAGUCAACAAGAUGAUCUCCCAGCUGGAUGUUGUGCUCCACGAUCUUGAGGCCCGGCAGAACCAGAUCAAGCAGGUCGAUUCGGGUGACUAUGUGGUUUCCAGCCCGGAAAAUGACGAAGCACCCCAACAAAUGGUGCACAUUGACGAGCUGGUCUCCACCAUCCGGCGCAUGAAGGAGGCCUCCGACGAAGAACGAUUUAAGGUGGUCGAGGACCUGCUGGUGAAGCUCGAUGCGGACAAGGACGGAGUAAUUUCGGUGCAAGAAAUCACCAAGGCGGUCCAGAGCAUCGACAGUGAGGCCACCAAGAUCGACAAGCAGCAGCUGGCGGAGUUCACCGAGCUAUUGUCCAAACAGGCUGCCCGGAAACGCACCGAGGAGAUCGUUCGCAUCGACGAUCUGAUGAAGAACAUCAAGGUGCUCAAGGAGACCAGCGACGAGGCCCGACUGAAGCACAUUGAGGGUGUGCUGGAGAAGUUCGACGCUGACAAGGAUGGCGUGGUGACCGUCAAUGACAUUCGCAGGGUGAUGGAGUCCAUUGGUCGUGACAACAUCAAGCUUAGCGAGAAGGCCAUCGAGGAGCUCAUUACUCUACUCGAUAAGGAGCAAAUCUUGCAGGCCGAACAGAAGAUCGAGAAGGCCAUCGCCAAGAGUAUGAAAGAGGCUGAAAAACUAAAGUAUGAGGUGGAUAAGACGGACAAGGAGCUGACCAAGCUGGUGGACGAUAUUCAUGAUUCCGCUAAAGAGAUUCAGGACAUUGCCAACGAACUGGGUGCUACCGAUGACACUCUCACUGACAAAGCAAAGACUCUGAAAGCUGAGCCUGCUUUCGAAGACACGGCCAAAACGCUUAAGGAUUCGGCUGAGAAGCUAUGCGAGCCGGUACCAAAGGAGACAAAUUCAAAGCCCUGCAGCAAUACGUCAGUGAAGCCGUCGGAUUCGAGUCGGAAGACUGGCGGUGGACCUGGUUCCGAAGGAAGUAGCGGCGUCGCUGGUGGAUCAACAACGGAAGCUGUGCUCCGGGAAGCCGCUGAGCGGCAAGUGGAAAAGAUUCUGCCCUCCUCAGACAUCGGUCUGCCGCCAACGAUACAGACACCCCAGCCCCCGACGACAAAGAAGGCCACAGCGAAGGCCUCGACCCAAAAUCUGUCAUCGACGGUCAACGCCAAGAAGCUGCUUUGACCGGCUGCCGGGAAGGAAUCGCAAGUAGGAACGGCUGGGAAAAAGCAAAGUCCAAGCCCCAAAUCAAAUCCGAAGCAAAAGUAAUGUUUAGACGUGAUCAAGUUAAGAAGGGGGCGGAGGUUGCUGCCCAAAUGUCCCUUAAUGUUCCAAUUUGAGAAAGAAUUAAUUGUACUGCAAAAUAUAAACCGAGGGAGAAAACUGAAACGAUCUUGCGACUCUGUAUUUAACUGGGUCCUUGUCCUAGCAGGGAUUCGGAUCAGGAGAGUCUGCUCUACUUAACGCGUGGCUGUAGUAACGUAACUUCUCUCAGUAAGGCACAAAGCAGAAAGUAAUUUAAAUACAUCUGAGUAUCCGCGCACCUAACCUAUAUAUCUUGAUUUGUAACUCCCUAGAUCUACCGCAUAAGUUUAUAUAAUUUACAAACUCGUCCUUUAGCUAGAUCCGCAAUAUGUGCUAUGUACCUCCCAUUCAUCCAGCCACGUCGGUGGCGGUGAACGACUUCCCUUGGCCUCAAACAAUAUUAGCGAAGCUAUUGUGAUUUUUAAGCGAAAUGUUAAUUUACGAUUUAUACAUCCUACUUCUACUACUUCUACUACUAUGUAUUUGCAUCAAAACAAAUGAAUUACACUGUCCGGUUUUGUAGACAUAACCGCAGUGGCGACGAGAUAUUGAAAUUAAAUUGAAACCACGUGAUAAAUCUAAACAAUAAUGUGUGUGCUUGAAUGAAAUAGUUGAGGAGAAAUUGUAAAUGUUUCACAAUAAAAGUUAGUUAAAAAACAA